GUACCGAAAGCACAAGGCUCAUCUAGCCACCACAAAGUAAAGAAAGAGCCCCCAGCAGGGGAUCUCGAUACCCCUUUGGGGCGGUAUCGGGAACCCAAAUGUCCCAAACUGAAGGAAAUGAAACCAAGCUCUCACGAAACCACUACAUGAAGAUAAGCGAGACCGAUAGCAAUAGUGGCAGGUCGAGAUACCCCGUGGUUUAGUUGGAUUGAACCCCUCUCGAGACAGCUGAAACAUUUGGUGCUAAAAGGAGUCCCCUCGCUCCUUGAUAGCAGAAUGAUAGAAUGACACACUCUACCAAUGGCUACCAGCACCUCCGAUACCCAUGACGAUGAUCAGCCCCACAGAGGGACUAUUCGUGAGGUCCAAUGCACGCUCGAGUUUCUCAGCCCAAAUGCUGAAGCGUGCUCAGUCAUGAUGACCAAUGCCACCAUAGCACUCGAGAUCGUGAUGCGUGACCUCAUGGAGACACGUGCACAGGCCGAGGCUGAGCGUACGGCUGCCGUAGUAGCACGUCGAGAGGUUGAAAAUAUGGCAAACCAAAACCACAUUCUCCGCGAGGCACUCCCGCGGAGAGUCAUGAAUAACGAGGCACUGGACAAGGCUGGCCAACAAGAGACCCCGAUACUGACCAUCAGUGGUGUCCCGACACCUGGGGUUUUCCUAACCAUAGACCCGGGUACCGGCCUAGUUGGCACAUUCGUCCCGCCCACAGUAGAAACUUCUGGAAGCCUCACGCACUACUAGAAUUUUGCUCAUAUACAUCGGCCAGAAACCGAUGAUAAAAAAAUUUCUACCGAUGUCUU